AUGCAGAGGCCGUUUGCACUCGACACACCGCUUCUUGCGCAAAACGCGGGGACGAGGAUUGCGCCGCUCGAUCGCAUCUGGAUCUGGUGUUCUGCGAACGCGCGGAGUCGGUGCGCGGACGUGGAGAAUUCGCCAUGGGUUGCGACCACGCGCGUCGCCAAGGAGAGAGCUGUCCUCUUGGGCCGCGCGCGCAGCAAGUCGGAGUUGCAGCAGCCCAAAGGGCGUUCGUUUGCUCCGCCCUCUUUUCCCGUCGGCGUUUUGGUCGUUAUUCCGCAGAGCGCAGGUUUAGCGGGUCGCAAGCAGGGCCACCGGCUCCGGGCCUCAGCUGGCCCAGCAGCUAGGGUGCGCCGGCUGCUGAUUCGCGCCCUACUUGUCGAAAAGUUGAUGCCUGAUGUUGGCACCGCCAGUGGCGCGCGGCGCGGCCGCCCGCUUUGUGCUGCCCUCUGCCUCGCCAUGCACCGCGCGGCGGGCGAGGGCGAGAGGCCGCUGUUGGGCCCUGUGGUUGCUGCUGCCCACGAGCGCAGCCGUCGCGCAGCCGGGGACCGCUACGGCGCGAUGGGCAAGGGCGUCCCAGCGGGCCAGCGUCGAGGGCGCGGCGGCGGGCGCUGGUUGGCUGCGUGCGGGCGCCGGUGCGAGACAUCCAUGCCGCAGCUCGCGUCUCUGGCUCGCAACCAACAUAAUGGCUGCCUUUUAGCCCCCUUCCCAGCUCCCAGUCGACGCACAGCCGACACCUUGGAUUCCUCAACCAUUCACCACCUCCCCACUCAACCCACAACCUCAGAGCCUUCCUUUUUGGAACCUCUGAACUACAGCCCCGCCCAGUGCAGCUUUAGUUCGCCGUCACCUUCCAACCCCCCGUUCGACUUUACGUCGUCCACCACGGCUUCUCACCAGUCAACAUGGCUUCCCUCACCAGCUCCCCACGCCUCGCGGCAACCAACCAAUACGUCCCACACCGACUUCGCGCCUCCGCACAACGACUUCGUGCUCUACGACCAGCCGGCUCAAGCCCCUCUUCGGCCGCAUCGUGCACCGAGCGCUCCGCAACCUGGGCCUCUGUUUAACGCAACCCCGCCCUUCUACGCAAACUCAGCGCCUACAUCAACCAUAGCUUUCCCGCAGCCACAGUCACAACAACGUCCACCGGUCCCCUUGUUCAACAGCUCUAGCAACAGCAUUCCCCAGAUCCACCAGAACAGCAACGUCGCAGCCAUGGCAGGUAGGACUCACGCUGUUCUUGCACAUCAGAGGCACAGGCUCACGCUCCGACCAGACUUGAACAGCAGCAACUCGUUCGACUCUGGGGCCAGCCUCUUCGCUGGCCUCCAGCACGAAGUCUCUUGGGAGGCGCCCUUGAACGCCUUCACCACCGUCAACCCCCACUCGGUGUCGAGCUCUACGCGCACAGUGUCUCCCAAGGACAUCUUCGCGGACCCGUUCCAGUCUGCGCCUCCUUCGACGACCUUCACAAACAUGACUUCCCCAGACAUUGACCAGUCGCCCUUCAUCACCGACAGCUUUGAGACCUCGCCCAUGUUCCAGGGCGACGCCUACAUGCCCACCGACAAUUGGUUCUCUCUCUUCCCAGAGGAGGACAACAAGGGUGCCGCGCCAGCCGUUGCUGCUCCUCUAGUCGCUCCCGCCCUCGAGCGCACUGUCAGCAGCAACACGACCAAGUCUAGCGGCUCUAGCGUCAACUCGCCUGUUGUCAUGUCUGCCAACUCUCACCGAAGGAAGUCGUCUGUCAACGGCUCUCCCGUCACGAAUGCAUCAAUUACUAAGCCCCGUCGCCGGAAAGGACCUCUUCCCACCAUCAUGGUGGAUCCCAAUGACAAGGUUGCCUUGAAACGAGCUCGCAAUACGCUUGCAGCUCGUGACUCGCGUCAACGUAAGUUCGACCAUGUCAACACUUUGGAAAAGCGCAAUGCAGAGCUCGAGGCGGAAGUGGAGAAGUGGAAGCAGAUCGCCUAUGCUCAGGGUUAUUCCGGAUCAUGA